AUGUCCUCCCUACCCCCGUCAGAAGUUGAGGCGCCGUCCACACCAGUUGAGACCCAGUCCGCGAAUGACCCAGAACCGAAAUUUGGUGUGGAAAGUGAGGAUGCAUCAGAAAACGAGGAGACAGGCGCAGAUCCAGGUGCACUAUCGCCAAACAAUGAUGAAGACGUCGCAAAUGGCGAUGGUCCAUCAGAAAAAGCACAAAAUAAGACCCCUAAUGGACUAGGAAGCAAUGACGCCGCCGCCCGAUUCGAUGCGCUGGUAAAAGACCGCGAUGCACUUCGGUUGGAAGUGACACAGCUACGGCAAUCAAUUGAGGAACUACAGUCCAAGCACAGUUCCGAAAUGGAGGCCGUGCAGGCGGAAUUGGCAGACACGCAAGACGCAAAGGACACAGCGGAGGAGCAAUACCAGUCGCUACUAGGCAAAGUCAACACCAUCAGAUCACAACUCGGCGAAAGACUAAAAGCAGAUGCCGAAGAGCUUGCGAAGUCGAGGACUCACAUCGAAGAACUCGAAGAACAAAAAUCCGACCUGGUGGAAAAAUACACUUCGCGCUCCAAGGAAGUCGAGGAAUUAAGCUGCCGAAACAAGGAAUUAGAAAUCAAAGCCGCCGAACAAUCCAAAGAGCUGUCCAGUCUCCGCAACCGCAUGACACUGGCACAACAGAAUUGGACCAAGGAGAAAGAUGAGUUGAUCGAGCAGGAAGCAUACUUGCGCGAUGAAUUCGAGAAUGCAAAGCAGGCCAUGCACGACUGGGAGAUAUUGGCGAUGGAAGAGCGCACCCUCCGGCGAGACCUGAGCGACCGCCACACCGACCUCGAAGAGCAAGUGUCUACCCUGAAAGAAGCACACGAAAAAGCAGCAGCGGAGCGCGACGCACAAUCCAACACCGUAGAUGGUUUGCAAAAGGCGCUGCAGGAAAUGCAGAGCCUACGGAAGCAGGAGCUCAAGGAACUCGUCGAGACGAAUCAGGCAGAACAGGAAGCCCUGCGUCAUCAGGUCCAAGACCUGCAGACCAAGCACGAUACCACCACCGCCGAGUUGGAACUACUCACCCGAGACCUUGAGCGCGUCUCGCCCUUCGAGAAGGAGGUCAAGGAGAAAAAUCUGCUAAUCGGCAAGCUCCGACAUGAGGCCGUGAUCCUGAACGACCACCUGACCAAAGCUAUACGGUUCCUGAAAAGGGGCAAACCAGAGGACAACGUGGAUAGACAAAUCGUAACGAACCACUUCCUCCACUUCCUGGCCCUCGACCGGUCCGACCCCAAGAAAUUUCAAAUCCUCCAACUCAUCGCUGCCCUGUUGGGCUGGUCGGACGAGCAGCGCGAACAAGCCGGCCUGGCUCGACCUGGCGGCACCAUGCCUAGCAACUCAUCCGGGUUAGGCUCGCUGCGUCUCCCCGGAUCGCAACUCGUGCAUCGCACCCCUAGUACGCCCGCGUUGCAUCAAAACCAUGACUUUUUCAACCCCCCGGAUAGCGCCACUAGCCCUGGCAGCAAGGAGAGUCUUGCAGACUUGUGGCAGAAUUUCCUCGAACAAGAGGCUGUCAGUGCGCAUGCCGCCGGUGGCGCUGGUAACGCGACGACGAGGACGGGGAAGAACAGGACAGAUAGCCAAGGCACGUUGGGAAAUCCGCCGCCACCUCCCCCGAAAUGA